UAUUCACAUACGGUCACUUUUUCUUUAAUUGUGACAAGUUGCCAGCUCUGCUCUAAAUUCAGAAAAAUUGUGCAUGUAGAAAACAAUCAAAGUUACUUUACGCUUUAUUUAGAUUGUAAUUUAAGCGAGCGAGCUCAGUAAAAUAAAAUAAUGGCACGCCGCACUAAUUUUAUUGAUGGCAGCGACAGUUUUCGCGAGCAGAAUCUACGUUUUGUUCGGAAUGAGUUUGAGGAUAAUGUUAACCAGUUCUUUGGGGGCGCCAACCCAUCUUACAAUAAACAGCAGCAGCAGCAGGCGCCACCGCGGGACGCUUUGAUUGUGCAACCCACACCAGACGGCCAUGAGCUGGACAGUCGUCGCCAGUUCCUGCGCCAGUUGGGCGCCAGUCCGGCAGUGGCACACGCCCUGGCCAUGCGCACCCUCGAGGUGCCCAAUUUCGAUCUGCGCCACUUCCAGCGGCGCCGCUAUCGCUUGACCGUCGAACUGGGCGACCGACAGUCGCAGCCCGAAAUUGAUGCCGUUGUGCUUCAGUCUAUCGGCACUCUGGUGGAGAAGUCCGAACAGAAUCGUAUUCAGAGUCGUCCACGUCCACGCACACCGUCGCCGCCGCGCAACAUCAACUGGCACAACAAUCGCGACAUAUCGCCGCAGCAGAUUGAACGAUCACGUCCACGCACACGAGAUGUCGAUGAUAAUAUUCGGGGCCGUCCCAGGGGCGCACCAGGUCUCAGGGAGAUCCUUCCAUCAGGCCCAAUAGACGCUGGCCCACCCCCAGGACGCAGGAAUGAUGUGCCACCGGCAGGCCGCCGGGAUGACAAUUUCCCGCCAGGACGCAGAGAUGUUGUUCCACAAGGACGCAGGAAUGAUAGUCCACCGGUUCCACAUGGUCGCAGGAAUGAUUGUCAACCUGCUCCAAGAAUAAACGUUCCCCAAGGUCGCAGGAAUGAUGUAUCACCAGGACGCAGAGAUGCUGUUCCUUUUGGUCCUAUCGACAAUAUUUCACCAGCUCGCAGGGGUGGUCACAGAGAUGCUAUUCCAUCUGCAAAUGUACCAAUAGUACGCCGGAAUGAAGCCCAACCAGGACGCAGAGAGGCUGCUCCUUCUGGUCCCAGAAAUCAUAUUCAACCCGUUCCCAGAGAGAAUGUUCCACAAGGUCGCAGAGAUGCUGCUCCUAAGGGGCCCAGAGACAAUGUUCCAGCAGCACGCAGGAAUAAUCGCAGCGACGCUGUUCCACCUGCUCCCAGAGAUAUUGUACCACCAACACGCCGGAAUGCUGUUCCACAAGGACGCAGAAAUACUGUUAUUUCUGGUGCCAGAGAGAAUGUACCAUCGGGGCGCAGAGCACCACCAGGUCCCGGCGCGGCAAUCCCAACAGUUCCCAUGGACUCAAUGCCUCCUCGUGGCCAGCCGAUUGCUGCAGCAGGUCCCAUAAAGACCGUUCCGCCAGUUCGCAUUGACCCUGUCCCACAAGUAGGACGGAAGCAGGUUGGUCCACAAGGUCCCAGUGCGGUACUGCCACCAGUGCGCGGAAAACCUGCCCACCCGGACGCGUAGAGCCUGUCGCAGGUCGCGGCCCUUCAAGUCGCGGAAAACCUGCAGGUCCCCCAACUGGCGG